CUGCCCCGGGGGCCUGGCGCCACGCCCUGGCCGGGGUAUAAAGCCAGGCCUGAUGGGGAUGCUCCAGUCACCUCCAGGCCUGGCCAGUCCCCUCCUGCCCCGACAGCAGCUCUUGGUGCCCUGAUGUCGAAAGCGGCCCCCAAGAAGGCGGUGGCCCCGCCGCCCCCCGGCUGCACCCUGGACAUUAACGACCCGCAGGUGCAGAACGCGGCGAUCCGCAUCCAGGCCUCCUACCGGGGACACAGGUCCCGCAAGGAGCUGAAGGAGAAGGGGCCCCCGCGGGUGCUGCAGGAGCUGAAGGACGUGAUGCUGAUCGAGGGCAGCGCUGCCCGGCUGGAGUGCCGGAUCAGCGCCUUCCCCGACCCCUUCAUCCGCUGGUCCAAGGACGGGCAGGAGCUCAAGGACGGGCCCAAGUACCGCUACAUCUUCGAGGACCCCGACAUCGUGGCGCUGGUGGUGCGGGACGGCGGGCUGGCCGACCUGGGGCGCUACACCAUCGCCGUGAAGAACACCUUCGGGGAGUGCUCCGACUCCGCCCGCAUCCUGGUGGAAGUCCCUGCCAAGAUCGAGAAGGGGCCGGAGAGCACCAAGGUGAAGAAAGGCGCCACGGUCACCCUGACGGCGCACAUCAGUGGCGAGCCGGCGCCCGACGUGGGCUGGGCCAAGGAUGGGGAGGACAUUGAGGAGGAUGACAGGGUGUUCUACGACAUUGGCAGCAACUCCACCACUCUCACCAUCAAGCGGGUGGCCGCGAGCGAUGCCGGGAAGUACGAGGUCUUCGUGGAGAACAACCUGGGCACAGACGAGUCCUUCGCCCGCCUGGACGUGCUCUGACCCCGCUGCCUAUACGUCGGUGCCACCGGACCCUGUCAGCGCCUCCUGCACCCGGGGCUCAGCCCUCUGGCAUGGCCCCCACACCAGCCAGCAGAGACCCCGGAGGGAGGCUGCCCCCGCCCUGGGACAUGGGCCCUGUUAAAUGGCACCAGAUCUGGCACAGCGACCAGCUCCCUGGGACAAGGGGGGGGCCUGGGCUCUGGGCUCGUCCCCCCCAUGGGCUCCAGGCUGCAUCGGACUCAGCUCCGCUCGCUGCUGGGCUCAAUAAAGGUGCUGCUGCUGUUUGGC